GGAGGAUGUUACAGCCUACAUACUGCUUGAUUUCAGAUAACUGAUGUGACGUAUUGGCUAUAAUCUAGUGUAUCCCCCACCAGCAAAGCUCGUCUCAGUAUGUGAUGAAGACAGGAGAAAAGAAUAAAUCAGCAAAGAUCAAGACACACUGCCUUCCUGUUACAUUGGCCUGUGAUACUACUUGUCAAGCUAUGAGAACUUUGUGGGCUGUGAGGGUGUCUGAUAGCUAAGGGUUAAUAGUCACCAUUUAAGCAAGGAGAUCAACUAACUGAAGAAACAUCUCCUCAGGUGUGCCCUACUGUCUGGGAGAAAGAAUGGAAACCCACCAGGUUGUGUUCAAGGACACAGUUUGUUCCUCCCCACCAUAGUCAAUUAAUGAAGUGAAAUCAUCUGAGGAGCUGGGAGGGGCGAAUUUGAUAGGAAAAGUUACUUUUAAAAGAUGGAGUUACCAUCCAGAAUGUUUUGUGUUUCUAGUCUUGUGAUUGGUGAACAUUAGGGUGAUAAUGGGAUACAAGGAUGGCAAGAAGACACAAAGAGAAAGACUAUACCAGACCUUCUCUCAUGAAACCAGGUUCUUCUGCUGUGUCAUAACUUAGGGAUGAGAUUCAUGUUUGAUUGGUUGGCAGCUCUUCCCAGAGGGCGGAGAAGAGGCGCCGGCGCCAGCAUCUAUCUUCUCAAGCCACGGAUCUCCUCAUGAAGAAGAAGCUUCCCCGCCUUCUCCUUUGCCUCUAUCCCUUCUUCCCUCCGGAGCUGGGAGGAGGAAGAGGUCCAAACCGCGACGGUCAGCAGCAGCCCCCGAGUGAUGAGGUCCCUCCGGUCGCCCUCCGCAGCUGUCCAGGUGGCUCCUCCGGUGGCCAACAGAACAACUCCUAAUCAAGCCAGCUUUCGGAAGACAGAGCAAGCCUCCAAAUGCAAAGAGAUGUGGAACAACAAUUGGUCAUCAUCUCUCAAGAAGAAAAGAUAUUCUGAAGACUAUUAUUUGCAGAUAGUUGGGAAAUUACAGAACUGCACAUGGAACAAGAGACCACACGAAUAUGCCAAAUUCAGGUCAGAACUUGCUUCAUGCUGUAAUGCCAUUCACAACUUUAUUGCGUCUCAAGACAAUACCCCACUGGGUAGCAAUAUGAGUUAUGAAGUAGACAAUAAGAAAACCAUCCACAUCACUGAGGAAAUAUUCAGGAUGCUGCCAAAGUCACAGCCUCUGAAUUAUCCCUUCAAGCAAUGUGCAGUGGUUGGAAACGGUGGGAUCCUGCAGAACUCCAAUUGUGGAGCAGAAAUUGAUAAAUCUGACUUUGUCUUUAGGUGCAGCCUCCCUCCGACUGAAGGAAGUGUGAGUCAAGAUGUUGGCAACAAGACAAACCUGGUGACCGUUAACCCAAGCAUUAUAACACAGAAGUAUAAUAAACUGAAUGAGAAGAAAGCCACCUUCCUGGAAAACAUUGCCAGCUACGGGGAAGCUUUCCUUCUCUUACCAGCCUUUUCCUUCCGGAGCAACACAGCAGCUUCUUUCAAAGUGCACCACACGUUGAAAGAGUUCGGCGCAAAGCAGACGGCCAUAUUUUUCUAUCCCAAAUACCUCAAAAAUCUUGCUCAGUUCUGGAGGACUAAAGGCGUCAAAGCCUACCGAUUGUCUUCUGGUUUCAUGAUCACCAGUGCUGCUGUGGAACUCUGUGAGAGCGUGAAGCUCUACGGCUUCUGGCCUUUCUCAAAAAGUCUAGGAGGUGCUCCCAUCAGCCACCAUUAUUAUGACAACCAGCUACCGAAGCCUGGCUUCCACGCCAUGCCCAAAGAGUAUAGCCAGAUUCUUCAGCUUCAUGGGAGAGGUAUCCUCAAGCUGCAGUUUGGCAAAUGCCUCUACGACUAGCCCAAGAGUUGAGAAUGUCUGUGUGACCUUGCAGUUUGCUGUUGGAUUUGAUCAAAUGUCAACUUGUGAGCAUUAAAUUAUGCUAUUAUAAUUCAGAAAUAUUUUGUACUUAAGUAUGAGGAGUGUUUUGGGGGAGCUGGUGAACAAGAGCCAUGUGUGAUUGUAGAUUCCUGCAGUCUGCCUUCUUGCAGAAUCUACAUUUGGAAAAUCUGGAACAUCCUCCAUAGAUAAUAAAGCACAACCUCAGGAUGAUAGCUGGUAGUGACACUUGCAAAGUAUCUUGUUUGUUUUAUUGUUAACUAUUGCACUUUCUGUUUUGUACCUCAGUGUGAUCUAAGAUGGUAGGAAGCUGUCUGUUUUAACAUGCUGCUAUAGGAUUGCAGCAUUUAGUGGAUCUGCAAACAAUUAUACACGGUCACAUAUUCAACUGUAGGGUUUCUCCAUUUGUAUUUAAGUGGUACCGGCCAAACUAUUUUAGCACCUUAUUCAUCCUUAUAUGCAAUCUGUUAGAUGCAUAUGCACACUUCUUUUUGAGGAUAAGCCUCUCCAAUGUGGUUUGCAAAGCAAAAUGUUAAAACAGUAGCAUAUAAAUAUAUGUGAAAGGAAAACAACAUCAAGCAUUAGAACAGCAGCAACAGCAAACAACAGUCACAGAUGGGCCUUCAAAGAAAAACAGCCCAGAACAACCAGGCCUUUGUAGCUUGUUUAAAAACAAUGAGAAAGGGAUCCAUGUGGUCAUUCAUGGGUGGGUGUUCCGUAAGGAUGAAACUUUCACCAAAGAGGCUCUAUUUCUCAUGUCCACCAACCUAGUAAGAUCUUUUUGGUGGAUACUUGAACCAGGUUUAUGUAGCUGGUCUUAGGGUUCGAGCUGGUUGACCUAGAUGGAGGCAGACCAUCAAGCUGUCUGACAAAAGGAUGUCUUUAAAACUCAAGGAAGGGUUUGUCUGAUGGCCUCUGGUAUAUGAGGGCUGAACAUGAAACGAUGAAUCAGCCAUCUAGUACACAUCUGUUCAGGCAAGAGCGUCUAGCCAUUUUAAUUAAAAAGGGGCUUCUAAUGGGUCCAAACGAACCAGAAGCUGUACUGCCAGGACCCUAAACUGACAUUCAGUGUCCAUCACUGACUUGUGAUCUCUAUGGUGCUGGACUUCUUUCCAGUCCCUGUCCCCCACCCACCCAGCUUUUAUUUGCAACAAAACCAAUGGAGUUUUAUGGCACCCUAAAAACUAGUAGUACUUGGUACCUGAAGUGGGUUGCAAUUCAGAAAAGCUUGCACUGCUUUAGUCUGCAAAGUGCCUGGUCUCUGUUAUACCAGAGAACCCUUUACCAUAAGCAAUUUCCCAGAGCAUCUCUUUCCCUUCCAGAAAGAUUGAUAAUAACGUGAUUGAAAUUGGGUGGGUGGCUGCAAUACCGUCUAAUCUUGGUAGAAAUGUUGUGAAUGGAUUGUGGUUUCGAAAACAAACCGAGGGGAUCACCUGGUUUUAAAAAAAAUCUGCUUGGUAGCAGAAUGGGGCAGGACAGUGGACAAUAUAGUGUUUACCUGAGGUUUAAGCUGCACAAUAGCAGAAGAUCUCUGUGUUUUGAACAGACCACAGGGCAAAGUAACAGUUAAAUUUGUUUUUUUGUUGUUGUUGUUUAAAAUCAACAAUACACAACUCUGGUUGUUGAAACAACAAAUGAGAGAGAAAACCAGCAUUGUGUAAAGGGUGGGGUAUUCAGCUGAGACUUAGGAGAGGUAAGUUUCACACUGAGCUAUGAAACUCACUGGUGGCCUUGGAAUCAUCAUUCUGUCUCAGCUGACCUACCUUCUAAAAAACGUUAUAAUGACCAUGUGAGGAAAGCUAAGUACACUUCCUUAAUCUUCCUGGUGGAAAAAAAGUGGGGGAUAAAAACAUAAAUAAAAUGGGGACAAAAACUUUAAUAGUAAAUUGACAAAAAAAUUAACUUAAAAAAACCCCUCCCUUUCAACCACAGUAAGAAUUCUAUCUUGUACUUUUGUGAAUCCAGAUAUAUAUUUAAAAUAUUUAUCUGUAUUUAAUUGAUGCACAUUUAAUUGAAAAGUUUCACAUUGCACUCCUAAGUUUAAAUUCUUAAUGUUCAUUUCCUCAAAAUACCUAUUAGAGUUAAAUUAUUAACCAGCUUUGAUUAAAUUUUCCUCUAUUAACAUGGAGCAAGGAAGAAUAAGUUACAUAAUAUAAUCUGACAAAAACUGUGAUAUGCCCCUUGGGUCACAUUUGCAGAUUGUUUAAGGAGUUCUAUUAAUCUAACAAGUAAAAUGUCUGCAGAAAUCAAGGUAGUAAUUUUUUAGAUUGAUGUUCUCUAAGAAACAAAGACAGGAGGGACUUUAUUGACAGGAACACAGAACAUUUUUGGAUGUGGAGGUUGCUUGUAUAUUUGCAUACAUGGAUCUUAAUGACGGAGAUCAAAAAGACGCUCACACCAGGGGCUCCCACACCCAAUUUCUACUUUUGGCCUCAGACUACUUAAAGUGGUGGGUCAGUAAACAUAAAUUAGAUUGAAAAAGUGACUUUUUUUUAAACUACAGUUUCGAGAAUGCCCCAGCCAGCAUGGCUAGUGCAUAGACAACAGAGAGAUGGCUACAUAUUAAAAGUAUCCUGUAUUAAUUUAAAGUUAUGUUUACACAUUGCUAAGAAAAGUUUCACGCUAUGGAAUAUAUGGAUGUCCUUUACUUUUACUUUGAAAUUCAGCUCUGUGUGUGCUCGUAUGUGUGUGUGUUUAGAAGUUGUUUUAGUUUCCUUCUGGGUUUUUUUAUACUUGGCAACUGCAAUACUUCCUCACAGGAUCUGAACUCUUUCAAUUGCCCCUUAUAUUGGGAGAGAACACAAUUCAAUUUUGUUAUAGAGUAACUAAGUUCUACCAUCCUUAUUCCCCUACUGCACUCUGUCAAAAGUAUCUUGAGUGUAUUGCCACUUGGCAAAAGAUGCUUUUACAAUCUGUGUGUAACAUUAUGAUCUCUUUGGAAAUGUUGCUAAGUGUUUGACUAGAUUCAUGUACCAAGAACUUCUCUUUUUGUGAAAUGUAUUGGGAAGUGUACAGUGCCACUUUUCCAGUUUAGACUUUAUUGUACUGUUAGGGUCCUGUUUCAUCAUCAACCAGAUACCAUGGAUGUUUUGUACUGAUAAAGUGCCUCAGUGUCAAAGAUUGUUUCCUAUCAUGGUUAUGGUGUAUAUACACUGGAUGUUGUACUUACUUGAUGUGAACUGAAAUAUUUUUUUGCAAUUUCAUUUAGAAUUUUUUUAAACCUAACAGCUUGCUAUAUUCAUGUCUUCUGCCAGAUCAUCUACAUACUUUCAGCCAGAUCAUUAACUCUGCAAUUCUAAACAGUUUCUAUACGUUAAGCCUCAUUAAAUGCAAUGGAGCUUACUUCUGAGUAAACAUGCAUACAAUUGUGCUGAAAAUCAUACAGCAUGACCCAUCUGGAAUUUCUCCUGCUUUGUUCUGAUUUGUUGCCAUUAAACAAAUGUGCCAGAAAAAAGUGACCUCAGUAAAAGGAAGUUUAAGAACCACUGUGAAAUAAAUAAAAGUUUUCUUGAAAAUC